GAAAGAGGUGAAGCACCAGCCAUCCAGAAGAAUCUCCAGAACAUACACAAAUUGUUGCAUUUAACAGACAAAUGAAGCCAAGUCCCGACAUGGAGAAACAUCAGCACUCUGUCAAGAGUUUUACUAAACAGAGUAAUCUCAAAAAACACCAGCGCAUUCACACAGGAGAGAAACCGCAUCACUGCUCAGACUGUGGGAAGAGUUUUACUGAACGGAGUAGUCUCAAAAAACACCAGCGCAUUCACACAGGAGAGAAACCGUAUUACUGCUCAGACUGUGGGAAGAGUUUUACUGAACGGAGUAGUCUCAAAAAACACCAGCGCAUUCACACAGGAGAGAAACCAUAUCACUGCUCAGACUGUGGGAAGAGUUUUAAUCAGCAGUGUAAUCUCCGAAAACACCAGCGCAUUCACACAGGAGAGAAACCAUAUUAUUGCUCAGACUGUGGGAAGAGUUUUACUGAACCGAGUGCUCUCAAAAAACACCAGCGCAUUCACACAGGAGAGAAACCGUAUUACUGCUCAGACUGUGGGAAGAGUUUUAAUCAGCAGUGUAAUCUCCGAAAACACCAGCGCAUUCACACAGGAGAGAAACCGUAUUACUGCUCAGACUGUGGGAAGAGUUUUACUCAACAGAUUAAUCUCCGAAUACACCAGCACAUUCACACAGGAGAGAAACCGUAUUAUUGCUCUGACUGUGGGAAGAGUUUUAAUCAACAGAGUACUCUUCAAAUACACCAGCGCAUUCACACAGGAGAGAAACCGUAUUACUGCUCAGACUGUGGGAAGAGUUUUACUGAACCGAGUACUCUCAAAAAACACCAGCGCAUUCACACAGGAGAGAAACCGUAUUACUGCUCAGACUGUGGGAAGAGUUUUAAUCAGCAGUGUAAUCUCCGAAAACACCAGCGCAUUCACACAGGAGAGAAACCGUAUUACUGCUCAGAUUGUGGGAAGAGUUUUACUCAACAGAGUAAACUCAAAAAACACCAGCACAUUCACACAGGAGAGAAAACUCCAUCUUAGAUCAGUUUGAAGGCAAUUAAAAGGCAAAUCAUAAGUCUUUUGGACACAAAUGUUUAACCUUGUCAAUAAACUGAAUUUAACAAUGGAUUUUACAGGUUCAGCAAAAUUAAUCUUAAUCAUCGAUCAUGUUUAUUGAAUUCCAUGUUAUGUUUUCUUAUAUGUUCAAUAUUCCAGGACAUUCUUUGUGAGACAGAGCUCAGCGCUUAGGGUAGUUACGGGAGGAGUUCAGUUCUGAAAAAGCGAAAAAAACUUAGUCUUUAAAAUUUAGUGUGAUAAAUGUGAUAGUUAGAGUAGGAUUCUUAGCUGGCAACUAAACAUUUGAGCCAAAUCUUCAGAGCUUCAGAGCCACAGAGAGACGACACUGUUCCGGGUACUGCUGUGUGGACCGGAGGAGCAUCCAGACCCCGCAGAGAGGCCAACAAAAUCCUUUACAGAGGUUAAAUAAAACGCUCCAGCUGUAGUUCCCAUACUGAAAUCAACCCCCUCCAGACUUGUCUAGUGCAGUAAGGUUGCAGGCUCAUUCAUUCCCUCUGCUGCUGUUCUUGUUGGUCUAUGGUUCAGUCGUUCUGGUUAAAAAUCUGUUACCAUAGAAGCAUAUUUGGUUGUGUUGUAUUACUCAAGUUUUAUACUCUCUUGUCUUUUUCUUAUUGAAUAUUAUAUGUUGCUGAAGGUUUUUUAAUCUCCAAAUUUAUUAAGAAUGUCCAAAUCAUUUAGUUUCUUAAUUGUUUUUAUCCUCUACAAACUAUUAUCUUUUUAUUGUUUCACCUCUUUUAUUAAACUACUUUUAGAUUGCAGAUCUGCAAUCUCAUUGUGUUUUCUCAACAUAAGUUUGACAUGAAACCUAUAGGCCUGAGAUUGUCUUCUGUUAUUACUUGUUAAAUACUCAAAGGCGCCUAACGGAGAAAUCCAGUGUGAAAUGGAUUUUUGUUGAAGUGAAACAUAAUAGUCAAUUUAAGAUUGAAAUUCAUUCCAUUUAAUGGUUCAGGCUUAAAAAAUAUACAAUUACUUCCAAAGGUAGAGUAACAUGUGUUUAACUUGUAUUCAUAUGUUUAUAAAGUUCUUUAUUGUGAGUGCUUGUGGGUUGUAUUAUUUUGUUUUUUUGAAGAGCAGUCAUUCACCAACUACACUUAAUUACCAAAUUCUACAUUUGAGUUAUUGACCAUAGUUAUUGGUACCUAGUGUAGGUAAAUGUCCUAAUAAAGUAUUUCCUGUUUUA